ACACUCAGUCGUGGCGAGAAUCUGGCGAGUGUGGUUGCGUUUUAAGCCGAAAGCGCGCCCAAAUAGAAUUUAAUUCUGCCCAAAAGCCUGGUGUGAGAAAAUAUUACAAAAAAAUCAAAUAAAUAAGAGAAAAACAACUAAAAGUGUAAUAAUCGUUUCUCCAGCCAAGAUAGAAUUUGUUUCAAAGUGCAACAAUAACAAGAAGCAAUUAAAAAAGCGGCAAACAUUGCACCGCAAUUUGAGAAAAUUAACAAAGCCAGUUCGUGAAGCUCUGUACGCCGCAGGAUAUCCUGAAAUCCAAACGUUGGAAAAAAUCCAAUACAGAUAUAUGUGUAUAUGUAUUAUGUAUGUGCGUGUGCCUGUGGUGGUGCAAUAUUUGUGAGCGCCAAAAAAACCGAAGAGACGAAGCCGCGCAGUCGAAUAAAUCUCUCGUCUCUCCGUUUCGCAUUUCGCCUUUCGUAAUUCGCAUUUCGUCCUUCGCCAUCGCGUUUCGUCGCUUUCUCCAUCUCGAAAGUCGCGUAGUAAAAAGUGUCGGCACAACGCUGCACCUCGUUGCGCCACCCACCCGUCAUCCGCCCCAUCCGUUGGAGGUCCCUGAAGCUUGGAGAUUUGUUUUUAGUAAACUUUUUCGCACUCGGGUUCGGAAUUGCGAAUUUGGCGCGCAGAGGCAUCAAACAAAUCCUCAAUUUUGCAUCCAAAAAGCCCACAUAUCAAACUACCUGUGCAAUUAAAACCCAUGAAAAUUUCUCAUCGGAAAAAAACCGACUUUAUUGAUUUGUAACAAUGUUGAACACACCUGAUGAAAACAAUAAAAACAUUUGGCAAUAUAAAAUGUCAGCGUGUGAAAAAUUCACAUCCAGUAUAUGAAAAAGUCAUCGCAAUCAAAAAUAAUAAUACAAAUCUAUUAAAAAAAAAUCAAACAUAUCCUAACGAAAUAAAAUAAAUUGAAAUCGAGUAUAGAUAUAUGUAUUAGCUGGAAAUAUUUGUGUGUGGUUUUAUAGAACGUGGCAAGGACGCGGGAAACAAAUAAUUCGACAUUUUUGGCAAUUGCAACUAAAAACCAAUCUAAAGUGGAGGAAACCUCAAACUAGUGAAUUGUGAACUAUCCAAAACAAAUUGACCCAAAUAAAUACGCACACGAACGGGUAAAAUAAACAAAAAUGGAACGCAAACACUGGAGUUGCUUUGUGGCCAUUGUGCUGGGCGUGCUAAUAUUCAAAAUGCACAUAUUUGGUGCUGUAGGAGAUCCGGACGAGGAUAUACCACACAAUGAGGUUCGCAACUGGGCCUUGAAGUUCGGUGUCGACCUAUGGGAGUUUGGACGUCAAUUUACGAAAAUGAACGAAAUCAAAAAUCGUUUCAAGGACAGCGACAUCGAAGUGAAACGCAAGGAUGGGAUUAUCCUGCUCCGAGAAUUGGCCGCUGAGGUGAAGAACUUUAUGGAUUUUAAGCGGAAUGCUGUCAUGCGCCUGAUGGACUCCGCCGAACAGGCGGCCCUCUCCGAGCUGGAGGGCCAGGGACAGGGGGAGUCACCCUCGGGCAAUCAACAGCACUACGAUGCCCGGCGGAUUAACGAGUACAACGCCGACGGCAAGCUGGCGGACGGAGCCCGGCACAUGGACAUCCGGUUCAUGCGGCGCUUCGAGCGCCUGCCAGUCAAUCUCAGUCUAAGUUCGAUUCUGGUGCCCCACGGUGUCGAUCUGGACGAGGCGGCGGACGUGAAGUCGGCGCUGCAGUGGAGCGCCCACUUGGACCCGCUCUUCCAGAACAACUUAGAGCAAGAUCCGGCACUAUCCUGGCAAUAUUUCGGCUCGUCCACGGGCUUCCUGCGCCGCUUUCCGGGCACUGCCUGGCCCCCGGAGGGUUCCAAGGGCAGCAAACUAAUCCAUGACUUCCGCACCCACAAUUGGUUCGUGCAGGCAGCCUCAUCGCCCAAGGAUAUUAUGAUUCUUUUGGAUGCCUCUUCGAGUAUGUCUGAGAAGUCCUUUGACCUUGGCAUGGCAACUGCUUUCAAUAUCUUGGAUACUCUUGGCGAAGACGAUUUCGUGAACCUCAUCACCUUCUCGGAGGUGGUGAAGACUCCGGUUCCGUGUUUCAAGGAUCGCAUGGUUCGGGCCACGCCCGACAACAUCCAGGAGAUAAAGUCCGCGGUUAAGGCCAUCAAGUUGCAGGACACGGCCAACUUUACGGCGGGACUGGAGUAUGCAUUCAGUUUGCUGCAUAAGUAUAACCAAUCAGGAGUUGGGAGCCAGUGCAACCAGGCUAUCAUGCUAAUUACAGAGAGCACCUCGGAGUCACACAAGGAUGUGAUCAAGCAGUACAACUGGCCACACAUGCCUGUCCGGAUUUUCACAUACCUGAUUGGAAGUGACUCCGGCAGCAGGAGCAACUUACACGACAUGGCGUGCUCCAACAAGGGAUUCUUUGUGCAGAUCAACGACUACGAGGAGGCCCGCCGCAAAGUAAUCGACUAUGCACUGGUGAUGGCCCGUCCGAUGAUCAUGUACCAGGCGGAUCAUCCGGUGCACUGGAGCCCGGUGUUUGUGGCCGGAAAAUCGGGCGGACUCGGCCGGGACUCAGAGUACCAGCGACGCCUGGUGACGACAGUUUCAACUCCGGUCUUCGAUAGACGGAACCAUUCGGUUCGCGUCGCCAAUCUGCUGGGUGUGGUGGGCACCGAUGUGCCCAUCGAGGAGAUCCGCAAGGUGAUCCCCCAGCACAAGCUAGGACCGAAUGGCUAUUCGUUUAUCGUCGAUAAUAAUGGGCGUGUGUUGUAUCACCCGGACUUGCGACCCUUGAGUGAUGGCAAUCAGUACAUUGAUCAGUUGAAGCCCAAGUAUGCCUCGGUCGAUAUCACGGAGUUGGAACUGCCGGAAACGGAAGUCGGAAACGAUCACGAGAUAGUGGAAAUGAACAAGAAUCUAUUGAAUGAGAUGCGUGGCGACAUGAUCCGACCCAAGGAGGGAGAAACGGAGUUCACCGUUCUGAAUCACUACGACGAGACCAAACGCGUCUCCACUCGUACCCAUCGCUAUUUCUAUGGACCCAUCGAGGACACACCCUUCACGCUGGCUAUUGUACUCCCGGAAAAAUACGGUAGCCAUGAGUUUGUCUCCCAGCAGGAAAUCCGGCAUUCCCGUAACAAUGUUACGGAAUACUUCAAGGGAGACAACUGGCGCGUACAUCCCGACUGGGUGUACUGCGAGUACAAUAGCGUAAGCGAUCUGGAGAAGGAGCGGGAGAGCUCCGGAGAAUACUCUUCGCGCGAUCAAGAGCCCAGCUUUGGGUCACCAGAAGAGCAGGUUCUGCACUUCCUGGCACGCGCCGGACGCCCUGGUUGGAAGUGGAUGUCGGUUCGACCCAAGUCACCGCAACCACACCACAAUAUGCACAGUGGCUCUAAUGGCAAUGCACCCGGCUCAAGCCACUUUGGAUCGCAGCACCUAAACUCUCAGGGAUCUCGCAAGGCUGAGCCCUAUUUCUGCGAUCGAACCCUUAUCCAGAGCUUAGUGCGCGAUGCCAUAGUAACCGAUGGACUCGACCGGAAUACCACAGGCACUUCUAAUGGCAAGGAAGACAAGCAUCCAAUCGCCACAUUGAUGGCAAUUUUAAAGAGGCAAGGGUAUCAAAAGUUUGUGGUGGCCACUUCUUUUGUGGGGACACGAUCAGGUCUUCUUCGCUGGAUUGAUCAUAUCAAGAGGCCCGAAGAUACCCCCGAACCUCACUUUAGCGAAGAUAAUGUACGGGCCAUGGACACUUCCUGGUAUAAACGUGCCAUCGACCAACAUACCGUGGAGCCUGACAGCUUCGUCUAUAGUGUCCCAUUCGGUUCUGGUUAUGCCAUCAAGUCCAAUGCCACCCUGGUUACGGCUUCCCAUGCCAUCUUCGUGGAGCACCGUGGCCACAAGGCUCCAGCCGCCGUUGUGGGUCUCCAGUUCCAGCAUGACUCGCUAGCCAAGCACUUUAUAAAUAUUACUUCCACGUGCACUGGAAUGACGGGAUGCAAAAGAACCUGCGCCUCAGACAAUCUUGACUGUUAUGUCCUAGACAAUAGUGGCUUCGUUAUAAUCUCCGAGGAGAUGGAACACACUGGCAAGUUCUUUGGCCAAAUAGACGGCACUAUUAUGGACUCCCUGGUCCAGGAUCGCAUCUACAAAAGGGUUACGGUUAAUGAUUACCAAGGAGUCUGCUCCGAUGCUGAUAAUCCUUACACUGCUGCUGGUGGCAUAAUGAAACCGAAUCGCAUCGCCUCCUGGUUCUUCAACCAUUUGGUGGCCUUGAGCGCUGCCUGGUUGGCCCUUAUGCCGAGUGCCCUACGAGCUUGGCCUCAGGAUGACUACACCUACGAUAACGAGGACGUAAUCUUUAUGGAAAACAACUAUUCAGAUGAAUACGAACCGGAAGAAAACGACUAUAACUUGCCAGUGGAUCAGGAAAUGGAUGAGUUCUUUACCACAGCCGAUGUGGAGUAUACGACGCCGCCACCAAGACAACACAAGCCUCAUGCAGGACCAAGAUUUGCGCCGGAUCCUCAGAAUGCUAGACGGUGCGACCUGCGAACGGAUCUCUACAUGCUCCAGCCAGAACGAUUAAUACAGGGUGGUCAAAAUAAUCCUCUAAAGGGAAAACUCACCAAUUGCCAUAUAUCGGGCUGCGAAAGGCCAUUCAGUGUUCAGAAGAUCCCACACAGCAAUCUCAUCCUGCUGGUGGUGGACACCUUGUGUCCCUGUGGGUCCAAGCAACUGGACAUUGAGCCAAUGGAGGAGUCUGGAAUCAUAGGAGCUUGUAGCACAAGGCGACAGGGCCAGGAACAGGAGUCGCGUCGAAGACCUAGGAAGUGCAUCAAUUACCAUCCGGAGGAGAUCGAGAUACAGCAGUGUGGGCGGGGCAGCACGCUUCUGCACAUGUCCGGGUCGGUGGUGGUGGCCCAUCUCCUGAUGGUGGUCGUGACCUAUGUACUGGCCAACGCGUGAUACGAGCACUAGAUUACUUUUGAGGAUUAGGUUUGGACUAUUUUUGUAUCACAGGAACAAGCGGAAGCACGCUUUGGCUUUUUGUUACUUGAUUUGCCAUGGAAGUGGAUGCUGUUAGCCACUUCUCAGCCACCAUUUUGCAUAGCCAAAUGGCCAAUGGGAAAAAUAUAAUAUUUUUCAUAGAUUCGGAAAAUCAAGCCAGCAAGCAACAGGUAACCAUUACAAAAAAAUAACACUAACGAGUUUAUAUGUUUGUAGACAAUAAUUUGCGGGAGAGGAAAAUUAAAAUUAGAAACAAUUAUAGCUAAACAUGAAUUCAGUGGGCAAUAAGCAAAAAAUAAUUAAAUGAUUUAGUCGAGAUAAAAAAAGAAACUUACUAGCGCGAGCUUUGUUUCCCGAUAUUCAAAAAAAGUGUUUAUUUCAUCCUAAUUACCGAAUAAGAAAUACAAAAUAAUGAGUGCAAAACUAAUUUAUCAAAUGUAAUAAUGAAGCAAAACUAUUCGACAGUUGGAUUCUGUAAAUAUUAUGAAUAUACAUUGAAUAUGAACAAAAUUCCUACCGAUAAUGAUUAGUUUUUUCCUGUUUUCUAUUGUACAACACAAGUAAGAACGACGGUUAAUUAUGCACUCAACUACGUACGCACAACUAUAAAGUAUUAUAUCAUUUUAAAGACAAACACAAACGAAUUCACUGAACAAAUGGAAGACUUGAACUACUCGACAGCAAUGUAAAAAUAGCAAAAGCACACAAAAAAAAAUAAGAAAAGAAAAACUAAGCCGAAAACAAUUAAUUAAAUAGAAAGUCCAUAUCAGAGACUAGAGGUUACUUCCAAAAAAUGAACAACUUAUUGGAAGCCUGCAUUCAAAACUGAAUUUAUGAUUAGUUUCAAUGCAAGCAAAUAUAAGCAAGAAAUUAAGGGAAAAAAUAGUCAUUUAUUUUAUAUACAUUUUUAUAAAAAAAAGGAUGGAAUAAGAAGAAAAAAUAAAUUAGCUAUAAUUUUUAAUCCUUUCCAAAAUAUUAUUUUCGAUGUUUGUGUUGACCACAUUGGAAUUAACAUAUCGAUCGAUGUUUCAAAAAUAUCUUAUUUUAUUUUCUCCUAAAACAACCCAACCUUUUUCCAAAAUCUUAAGCAAAAACAAAAUUACUUGAAACACUUACAUAUUCACGAUUAAACUCACUCAUUAACACUGAAAAAACGCAUAGCAUACACAUUCAUACAUAAAUAUAUAAAAAAAGAAUAUUUUCUGUGUCUUAAACUUGUAUAAAAAAUGUCUUCCAUUAAAAUACUUAACGAAAAAAGAAAUCCAAACAAAGUAAAACAAUUUAUUAAUCAAUAACUACUUAUUAACUUAAACUAAAAUACGAUUAUAUAAGGACAUAUAUAUACUAAAAACAUUUAACUCGAAAACGUCAUUACCCAAAACAUUAAACAUUAAAAAAAAAGAAACUUUCGCUCUCAGCCGAAUAAACAGCUAUAAGCUGGAAUGGAAAGAGCCAAACGAAAAUGGCAUUAGAACACCCAUAGAAUCUUAGAUAAUGUAGUUAGUUAGGGCUGAUAGUUUCGGCAAGGUCAGCAAAGGCGAGGCAGGCGAGGAAUCCAUACAAGCAUUAGAAAAAAUAUUAGCAGAAUACUUAAUAUAAAUAUGUAAUAAACCAAAAACCUAAUAUUCAAUUGUAAGUCAUUAACUCAUAAGAGCUGUUUGUUACCAAUGUCGAUGAUGAUUACUGAGUAUGGGUGUUUGGUGUGUGCCGGGGUGCAUGUCUGGGAUGGUUUUUGGGUGUGUGCAUGGCUGGGGCAUCGACUGACAUUUUGUGGCAUGGGUGAGGAUGUGAGAAAGUGUGUUAUGAGGCAGUUGCAAUGGAUAUAUACCUGGUAGGCCGUAGAAGGCAGAAAACAGAAUAAACCUACAAUUACAUACGAUCACGAUCAACCAUUUCCUCUCAAUCUCUUUCUCUAUCUCGGUCACAUUCUCACUCGAGCAACAAAAACCAAUUCAUUCGAAAACAUAAUUCAAUUUUUUCAAAACAACAACAAUUUCCAUAUCAAUAUCAAGUUUUGAAAAUAAAGUAAACCUUUUUACGAAAAAAUCGUAAGAUUAUGAUAAUGUUCUGCCACAUUUUCUAUGUUUGUUUAUUUUUAUAGGAGAAUCGAAAUGUUUGUAUGUGUAGUCCACAAUUUUCUAAAGGCAUAUAAAUAUAAUGAAUAAAAAAAGAUGGAACGUAAUAUUUAUUGGUCUUAAUGGAAAAUGAAAACAAAAAAAAACAAUAUGAAUUACAAAAUAAAACUACAAUUAUUGAAUUACGAAUUAAAUACAAUUUUUGACAAUGCGAUUUUUGCUUUUUGGAAAUCGUGCUUUUUGCUAAAGAUAAAACAAAAACCAAAAUCAACUAUAAUUAUAAUAUACAACACUUUUGCUCUCUAUAAACCCUAUAUACAAGCAACUUUCUAUAUGGAAAAAUUUAUAUAAAGCAAUCCAAAACCCCAAAAAAAUGGUCAUAAUUAUAUAGCACAAGCAAAGCGAUCUACAAUAUCAAUGAAUUAAAAUCUUUCUCCAAAUAUUUACGAUGAGACUAGACGAAAUAAAAUUUCCUAAUUUGCUGCCGUUUACUUUGAUAAUUUUCUUAACUUUUAAUUGCCGCAUUCAGUGUUUAAAUUAAAUUAAGACCGAAAACUGAAAACCGAAAAUGAUGAUAAUUGCAACGGAAUGGCAACUACGCAUACAUUCAUGUAAAAUUAAAAACCAGUUAAUACUGACUAAAGGCGUUAUUUGGUACUUAAAUCAUUCUAUCAACUAAUAUUCGAGGUUCAUAAAUUCUGUUAUUGUUGUCGAAGGCAUUAAACUAAGAAACGAAAACUCAACAAAACCAAAACCAUUUUUAAAUUGUGAACAAAAAAUUGUUGUUUAAUUGAAUUUGUCAUUAUGAGAUUUGAAAAUAUAAAUGUUUAAAGCAAAACCGAAACCGUAAUACAUAUAAAUAUGUACACAUGUGUAAUUCAUAUAUAUAUCUGUAUAUCUCUGAGUCCCGAAAAAAAACAAGGCGUAAAAUAAAUAACGAAAUUGUUCGAAAAGCUUCAAACUUGGAUAGAAAAAAGACAAAUAUUUUGGGUUUAAAACAAAAAACACUGACGAAAAGGCUCACAGGACACAACACCACACAUCAGCACACACAUACAUAUAUGUUAUUUUGUAUGAAAAAUCUACAAAGAAUUUCACCUAAUAGUUUAAAACAUAUGAAAACUAUUGACGAUUAGAAAAAGUAAAGAACAAAAAUCCACAUGUUUGCGAAAAGCCUAAGUGUUAAGGUAAAAUAAUGAAACCGCAUACAUGCAUAAAUUAAUUAUAAAUGAAUAUAAACUUGCUCAUUAUUCUAAUUAUAAACCGAAAAUUAUAAGUAACUGGUAAUACUUAAAUAAUUAAACCCAAGUUAAGAUUAAUACAACAUGAAACAGGAAGAAAACAG